AUGAGUUUUUCCUUGGAACAACAGUUUAUGCUCGAAAAGCCUGGAAUUCUGUUAUCUUUCGAACAAUUGAGAUUGAAUUUUAAACAAGAAGUUCGACAAGUAGAGCAUGAAUCCCACGCAAUGACUUCGGCGCUUACAGGGUUGCUUCAAAAGUCAAUUCCACUUGAAAGUAAAACCCAAGAAAUUGAUAACCUGAUCUUAAGGAUACGGAAUUUAAAGAAGAAGAUGGAACAGCUAAAAGAGGUCGAGAAAAUGCAUAUUCAGCGAACAAGACUGCGGUUACAGUUCAUAAAUACUCUCAGCCAAAUUGAGGACUUGGACUCACCCGAAUUUUUAGAUUGGUCUAAGACUCGUUUGAAUAGAUUGAUUGCAGAUUACAUGUUAGCAAACGGCUAUCAUGACUCUGCCAUAAAACUGUGUAAAAAUUCCGAUCUUUAUGAAAUGGUUGACAUUGAUGUAUAUAAGAGGUACCAACAAAUACUCGAUUCUAUUUUACGACAUGAGUUGAAAGAAGUACUUGCAUGGUGCGCCGAGCAUCGAUCGAUUUUGAAGAAGAUCAACAGUACACUCGAACUCGAAAUUCGGAUUCAGCGUUUUGUUGAACUGGUAAAGACAAACAAAAAGGUUCAAGCAAUUAAUUUUGCAAGAACUUACUUUGGUAAUUGGACCAAAACGCAUGCAGACCGUCUUCAGCAAGUUGCUGCCUUAUUGGCAAUUCCGUACUCUUCAAAAGUCUUUAGAUAUAAUGAAUAUCUUUCUGAUCAACGGUGGGACUUCUUGGCAUCUUUGUUUUCCAAAACGUUUAGCCAAGUGCAUUCUCUUUCCUCUGUCUCCAUUCUACAUAUUGCGAUAGCUGCUGGUCUCUCUUCCUUGAAAACUCCUUCUUGUUAUAAUUACGAGGAUGAACACAGCAUUGAUUCCUUUCAAUCCUCAGCCAUUCGACAGUGUCCUGUAUGCACUCCAAACCUAAGCGCUCUUGCACAGUCUUUACCUUAUGCUCAUGUUACUCAAUCUGUUAUUGUUGAUUCAUUGACGGGUUCUCGACUGGAUAGCGAUAAUCGGCCUGUUGCGCUUCCAAAUGGACAUGUUUACGGAAUUAAAAGCUUAAUUGCAUGGAAUGAAGCUAAUGGAACACAAGAAGGAUAUUUGAAGGAUCCCUUCUCAGGAAAAGAUUAUCCCUCUGAAUCACUCAGGAAGGUGUAUGUGGUGUAA